UAUGGCUAAGAUCAAAGUGUAGUAUCUGUUCUUAUCAGCUUAACAUCUGAUAGUUCCUCCAUUGGAGGACAACAAAUGUUAAACUGAUUUUUGGAAUCAGACGGAGUGCUAGGAGCUUGCUCCACCUCUGUCGCGGGUUGGCCCGGUAUUGCAGUACCGCCGGGAUUUCGGCCCAACUGAAUAAUAAAUAUUGAAUUAGAGAGUUUUUAUACAAUCAUUGAUAAUUAAGUCAAAUUUUCAGUUUUGUCAGUGUAGUUUCAAGUCUGCCUUAAAAUUAUGUGUUUGAAUUAAAGAUUCCUGAAUACCUCAUCCCAUCCCCAACUAUGGCUGCAUCGACCUCAUCCAAAAGGAACAACCAGACGGGGGCCCUCGCUAUGAUUCAACCUUCUUCAAUUGAUGGUAUGAGCCGAAACAGAAAACGACAGGAGAAGCGCAAGCAGCGCCUGCAGGAGAUGCAAAGUCUGCUGUACACCAGACAUUUCUCAAAUUACCGCCUUCCUGUGCAUGUACCCUCUUCUACCGAAAAGCAACUGCUCCAUCUUAAACGCAGUGAUUCGGUAACCGAACCGCCUAUGAGUACGAAGAAACCAAUCUCUGUGAUGCCAUCCAGCAGUUCUCCUUGGUCACAGUUGCGCCUAGUCGCCUGUCCUUGUAACGGAUGCCGCUGCUCUUUGGAACCCAGCGCAUUGUUGGGCCACUAUUUAAGUGACCACCUGUUGGGAAUGGGUGUUCCGUUUUUCGAACUACAAAUGGGCAAGCUAAUAUCCGUAACCUGCCACGUUAGUAACCUGGAAACUGAUGUUAAUACUCUAUUGGGUGUCUUUGGCUACCGUCGCACAGGCCUCAAUCCUUUAAAAUGUCACCGGAACAGCCAUCUGCCGCCAGAAUACCGCCACUUUUCCCAGCACAGCGCUCUGAUGAUCUUCGCCUGCCGAACAUCUCACUCAAUGCUAUGGGAAAGAAAGCGAGUCAAGCACGAGGUUCUGGCUAUUUGGGCGACCACUCCCCUGCAAGGUGUGGCCAUCACGCUGCGACUGUUGGUCAAACCUGCAAAAUCGACGCGAUAUUACUCCAAGCAGAUCAAAGCUCGUCCUUUAGUACCGUGGCCGUCGAGUCAGCCCUGUAGGGAAUUCAUUAAAACCGACAGCAACGUGAUCCUCAUCAGCUUCAAAGACCUUAAUGAACUAAUGGAUCUGGAUGUGUGGCAGCAAAUGAUAACUAUUGAGCUAAAGGUGGUCAACGAAUUAAAAAUAUAACUAAGGAGUAAAACUACCGAAAAUUGGAGCAGUAUUUUUGGCCAUGUAUUUAAGUCUAAGAUUAAACAUUGAAACAUAAAACUUGAA